CUCGAAGGAAUCAUCAACGAGGCGAAGGAGAGGAAGGAGAAGGAAAGGCAGACAAAAGCAACACCCAUCCCUCCACCGCAUAGCGCUAACCCCGAACCCCCCGCCAGUCCCGUCACGGGACCCUCGCGCCCCCGCCCCAAUACACCCGUCGUCUUUCGCAAAGUCGAUCCCGACUGGACACCGGACACCACUCAAUGGACGUGGGACAGCUCCUGGCCGAAUCAGAAGCACCUCUCUGGCGAGGAAUGGAUGAACGUAGGGAGGAACGCGCGCAAGGAGUGGUUUGACGAAGAGGAGGACGACAGCGUAGAUUGGGAGUUGUAUGGAGAUGGUGAGCAGGCAGCAGAGGCCGGCUUAUAUACAGGGGAGGAUAAGGGCAGGCUGUGCGCACUGGUCCGUGCGCAGCUGGUCCGUGCACAGCAUGCUGAUGUGGCCCCAGGGGCCGGUGAGUCAGAGAGGCUGUGUCAGCGGAGCCCGAGCUGUGCCGCGCACUGCCGCCCAUCUAAUCUAAUCGUACAGUAG